UGCAUGAGGCUGGUGCUUGCCCGAGAGCCACCCAGCGCCCGCACUGACGCUUGAGGCAGCGCCGGGAGCCAUGUCGGGUUCCUACGACGAGUCGGCGGCAGCCGCAGAGGAAACAACGGACAGCUUCUGGGAGGUGGGGAACUACAAGCGCACAGUGAAGCGGAUCGAUGACGGGCACCGGCUCUGCAAUGACCUUAUGAACUGCAUGCACGAGCGGGCCAAGAUCGAGAAGUCCUACGCCCAGCAGCUCACCGACUGGUCCAAGCGGUGGAGGCAGCUCAUCGAGAAAGGUCCCCAGUACGGCAGCCUGGAGAAGGCGUGGGGUGCCAUCAUGACGGAGGCGGACAAGGUGAGUGAGCUGCACCAGGAGGUGAAGAACAGCCUGCUGAAUGAUGACUUCGAGAAGGUCAAGAACUGGCAGAAGGACGCCUACCACAAGCAGAUCAUGGGAGGCUUCAAGGAGGCCAAGGAGGCUGAGGACGGCUUCCGGAAAGCCCAGAAGCCCUGGGCCAAGAAGCUCAAGGAGCUGGAGACAGCCAAGAAAGCCUACCACCUGGCAUGCAAGGAGGAGAAGCUGGCGAUGACCCGGGAAGCCAACAGCAAGGCAGAGCAGUCCAACACCCCCGAGCAGCAGAAGAAGCUCCAGGACAAAGUGGAAAAGUGCAAGCAAGAUGUGCAAAAGACUCAGGAGAAGUACGAGAAGGUGCUGGACGAGCUGAACAAGUGCACCCCGCAGUACAUCGAGAGCAUGGAGCAGGUCUUUGAGCAGUGCCAGCAGUUUGAGGAGAAGAGGCUCAACUUCCUCAAGGAAGUGCUCCUGGACAUCAAGAGGCACCUGAACCUGGCCGAGAGCAACAGCUACGCCAACGUCUACCGGGAGCUGGAGCAGACCAUCCGCCUCUCGGACGCACAGGAGGAUCUGCGGUGGUUCCGCAGCACCAGUGGCCCUGGGAUGCCCAUGAACUGGCCCCAGUUCGAGGAGUGGAACCCGGACCUGACGCACACGAUAACACGGAAGGAGAAGCAGAAGAAGGGCGAGGGGGUGACCCUGACCAACGCCAGCAGCGCGGGCGAGACAGGGGCACCAGCGGGCGAGCGUGGGAGUGUGAGCAGCCACGACCGCGGGCAGACCUACAGCGCCGAGUGGUCCGACGACGAAGGCAGCAACUCCUUCAACACCAGCGAGGCCAAUGGCGGCACCAACCCCUUCGACGAGGAGUCAGUGGGGAAGGGCGUGCGGGUGCGGGCUCUGUACGACUACGAUGGGCAGGAGCAGGAUGAGCUCAGCUUCAAAGCAGGUGAUGAACUAACCAAACUCGGUGAAGAAGACGAGCAAGGAUGGUGCAAAGGGCGCUUGGACAACGGGCAGCUAGGUCUCUACCCCGCCAACUACGUGGAGGCAAUCUAAGUCUUGUGGUGUGCUCCUCAUCGCCGUCAGCAGAUAAAUCCACCCUCCGUUGUCUCCAUCUCUCCACCAGCCAACCAGCCAUUUUGCUGUCUGGUCACUCCUCACAGUUAGAGAUUCAGACAUAUUUUCCAACCAAGCUUUUAUUUUUUUAAGAGUUGUCUCCGAAGAGUAUUUUGCAUAGUUGCUUUCUUCUUCUAAGCUAACGUGAAGCGAAAGAUGACGUUGUCUGUUCGUCUACGUUAGUUGAUUUUUUUCCGAGCG